CAUCACAUCCAUACGCAACAUGGCCGCCUAUCUCACCCAGCGCAUCUCUCACCCUCAUCACGGCAUCACCGUUUCUCGAGCCGGAACCCCCCUCCCCGAAAAGAGGGCCAAGUGCUCUCAGCCAAUCUACAAUGUCGCUGCCGAUAACGCAACUUUCUUCACGCCGGAGCAGAUCCCCAUUCCGGGCUCCGCGACUGAGCCUCAGCCAUCCGGCAAGCCAGUCCCGAAGCUCUUCACUCCCUUGAAGAUUCGGGGCAUACAGAUGGCGAAUCGCAUUUGGGUGAGCCCAAUGUGCCAAUACAGCGCGCAUGAGGGAUUUCACACGCCGUGGCACAUUACGCACUAUGGCGGCAUGGCGCAGAGAGGUCCCGGCCUCAUGAUGAUUGAAGCCACCGCCGUACAGGCCAAUGGCCGCAUCACCCCAGAGGAUUCCGGCAUCUGGCUCGACGCCCACGUCGACACUCUCAAGAAACACGUCGAUUUCGCUCACAGCCAGAACGGUCUCAUCGGCAUCCAACUCGGCCAUGCCGGCCGUAAAGCCUCCACCGUCGCCCCAUGGCUCAGUUCCGGCGCAACCGCAAUCGAAGAAGUCGGCGGAUGGCCAGACGACGUCGUCGGACCCAGCAACGAGCCCUUCAACGAGCACUACCCAAAGCCCCGCGCGAUGAGCAUUGCGGAGAUUGAGCGGUUCAAGCACGAUUUCCACGCCGCUGUUCUUCGUGCGCUCCGUGCCGGGUUUGACGUUAUCGAGCUGCACUUUGCGCACGGCUAUCUCGUAUCCAGCUUUCUGUCGCCGGCUGUGAACAAGAGAACGGAUCAAUACGGAGGAAGCUUCGAGAACCGUGCUCGUCUGGCGCUUGAGCUGGUUGAUGCUACACGGCAGGUUAUUCCCAAGCGGAUGCCUCUGUUCGUGCGCAUCAGUGCGACGGAUUGGCUCGACACAAAUCCCGACUGGAACGGAGGGCCAAGCUGGACUGUGGACGAGAGCAUCAAGCUUGCCAAGCUCCUUGCUCAGCGUGGCGUUGACGUGAUAGAUGUGUCGAGCGGCGGGAACCACGCGCAGCAAAAGGUCAUUGGCGGGCCGGGAUACCAGGCGCCGUUUGCAAAGAAGAUCAAGGCAGCAGUGGGAGACUCGAUGCUCGUCAGCUCAGUGGGAAGCAUCAAGACGGGACAGGUUGCGCAGAAGCUCAUAGAGGGCAGUGAUGAUGCCGACGACACGCCAUUGGAUCUGAUCGCUGCAGGUCGCCCGUUCCAGAAGAACCCGGGCUUGGUGUGGGCGUGGGCGGAUGACUUGGAAGUGUCUAUCAACGUUGCGCAUCAAAUAGGAUGGGGGUUUGGAGGAAGGUCAAAGAAGAAGAUGACUUAA